AGUUUGUACAGAUGAAGUACAAAAAGUGUACAUAACACACAUCCGCUUCGGAUGCAUGGAUGCAUAUGUAGGCAACACUUUAGUGACUAGAGACGAAAGUGGAACAGACCGGCUUACUGUGAUUGACCAUGAGGAGUGCCUAACUCAGACAGAUGAGGAUUUCACCUCUGAAAUGGUGAAAGAUGUAACGCAACUCAAUGUUGAUAAGUACAUCUGCUUCUUAAAGAAGGUUGGUUGGGAAGUACCUUCACUGAUCGUCCUCCGUUUGAGAGUUCUUACUCAGGUUUUGAAGUUGGCAGUUAGAUUGCAGCUAAAACCAGAAGAUAUUGGAUUGCUUGCUACAGGGCGAUACAAGAAGUAUCCCAGUCUAAACCUUCUAGACAUGGUGAAUUCUUCUGAUAGAAAAAAUGGAGAUGAUGCCUUGUAAAAAGUUGUGUUGAACCUUGUAAUCUAGGCUCUAGUUUUUGGUUUGUAGCCAUGUUUGAUCCAGUCUCUCGGGACCUGUUAAUACUCGAAUCAGGUUGUGUUGAAGCUUGUUAGGAGUGUACCAUUCACAGUAGAUUCUUAGGCCGUUUUAAGUUUUUUGAAUAAGUUUCAUUGGUUUUA